CGCAUUUCUACUCGCUGCAAAUUAUCCAUUUCUCCCUGCUCAUUCUGUUUCUGAUUGACGCAAUCCACAAAUUUUUUUUUUUUGUUUAUUAACCAAUUCAUGUAAGAAUUUCACCAAAAAGGAGAUUAAUUGCUUAAACCCAUAUUCCAUUUUUGUGAUUUUAUUUGCGAGCAUUCGCUCUACCCAUUUAAUUCCCCAGUAUUUUUUUUCUUUGUUCUUGUUUAUGUGCUUUACUCAGUUAUCAGUUGAUUCUCUGCAUUGUUUACUUCAAUUUUCUCUCCCCUGAACUUGCGUUUUUUUCCUUUGCAAAUAAGCGUGAGCGUAUGCGCGUGUUUUGGUGGUAAAAUGGUUCAAUACUUGUGUUCUUGAAGCUGUAUAAGAGAUGAACAGAAUUUCUUAACUUUUCAGUGUUUGAAAAGAUGGGAUAUAUAACCUGUAUGUUUGAUUGUACUUGUUGAUUUUCAUUUUAUGAUGGGUUAUUUUUCUACCAGUAUCUCCUGUUUGGGAAAUACAUUUUUUAUGCAAACUGAAAACGUUUUGAAUACUUAUAAAUUUCCUGUGUGGAAAAACUCUAUCUUGAGAAACCCCAGAGGGUUCAAAUUAAUCAAAUCCAAUUUUCGACCACUAUCAAUGGUUAAAAGUGUAAAUGAGGGGGAGAAUAAGGAAUAUACUAACGAAGAAAAGGAAGAGAAACCAAGAUUUAGAUGGCUUAAGAUAGACUUUAAUAUUUCAGAGGGGCAGAAACAGACUAUAGCUCAAAUCCCACCAAAAAUGGCGAAUCGUUGUCAGGCUUUGUUAAAACAGAUUAUUUGCUUUUCUCCUGAAAAUGGAAGUAUAUCACUUAUGAUGGCUGCAUGGGUGAAGAGCAUGAAUCCCCAGAGAGCCGAUUGGCUCUCGGUUCUUAAAGAAUUGGAGAAGUUGAAUCGUCCAAUGUAUUUUGAGGUGUUGGAACAUGCACUUACUGAAGAAUCAUUUGAAGCUAAUGUGCGUGACUAUACCAAGAUGAUUCAUUGUUAUGCAAAGCAAAACAAGCUGCAAGAAGCCGAAAAUACUCUGUUAGUGAUGAAAAACAGAGGUUUCAUUUGUGAUCAGGUUACCUUAACUACUCUAGUUCACAUGUACAGCAAGGCUGGUAAUCUUAAGUUGGCUGAAGAAUCAUUUGAAGAGAUGAAGCUUCUUGGCACACCGUUGGACAGAAGGUCAUAUGGUUCAAUGGUCAUGGCCUACAUUAGAUCUGGAAUGCUCGACCGUGGAGAGAGUUUAAUUAGAGAAAUGGAAGCUCAAGACAUAUAUGCAGGAAGAGAAGUCCUUAAAGCGCUGCUGAGAGCAUACUCUAUGAUUGGGGAUAGUCGAGGAGCUCAAAGGGCUUUCGAUGCAAUUCAAUUGGCUGGAAUCAUUCCCGAUGUCAAGGUCUGUGGGCUUCUCAUAAAUGCCUUUGUAAUGGCAGGUCAAACUCAUGAGGCUGUCAUAACAUUUGACAAUCUGCGGAAAGCUGAUCUUGAACCUAAUGACAAAUGUGUGGCUUUGGUACUGGCUGCUUAUGAGAAGGAAAACAAAUUGAAUAAUGCACUGAACUUCUUGAUAAAAUUGGAAAAGGACGGUGUUAUGAUUGGAAAAGAAGCUUCUGAGUUACUAGCAAGGUGGUUUCAGAAGCUGGGCGUGGUGGAAGAAGUGGAACAUGUGUUGAGAGAUUAUGCUUCGAGUGCCUGAACAUGCUUUAUAAAUUUUCAUCAACCUCUGUCCUUCUCACUUCCGACUUGUUAUUAAGAUGUUAUACAUCAGGUUACAUGGUGCCUUUUCAUCUCUCAACUAAACCUCAUGAUGAAGUGAUGCAUUGCAGGUAAACCCAUCCCUUUUUUCCUUUCCAUCUUUCAACUGCACGCAGAGCAGGACUCACUAUCCUUCUUGUACUGGAUUGUUGUCACUUUGUUGAGUUGCUGAUCCGGGUUCCUAUUUACAGUCAGCUUGGCUUGGACUUUUUUAUGUUUCUUCAUUGAAUCCAAUUGAAAUACACUUCUCUAUUGGUAUUGCUACUUCCAAAUGGAGUUGCCUCACCGUCAAAAUGUGAAUGCUAAAACCCUUCUCGUUGUAAAAGCCUAAAAAAAUGUAUGGUACUCUUAGAGGCUUUUGGUGGGGAAGAAUGUCAGCUAGCAGCUGCUCUGGAAAAUCAACUGCUUGACCCUUAGGAUUUUCAAUUUGCUGUAAAUUCUUGGGUUUGUGACGAAUUUGUGUUGUAAAAGAAGUGAAUUGAAUGGAGCUUAGAAGGAAAUUGGUAUUGUUUCCUGAUAUUUGAAUUACAAUUGCAAUGUUGAGCUUUCGAGAGGCUUAAGUCUCCCUA